AUGUCUUACUUUCGGAUAACACUCAUGCGCUCUGGCAUUGGCAUGCCCUCUAAGACUCAGGGUGUCCUGAAAGCGCUCGGCCUGAAGAAGCGUAUGACAACUGUCUACCACCCCGUCUCACAGUCCGUCGCUGGUCAAAUUAUGAGGAUAAAGGAGCUGGUUGAUGUCAAGGAAGUUUCUCGCGCAUUGACAUCUGCUGAGCAGAAGGCAGCGAGGCGACCGGCACCAGGGUACUACAUCGAGAGUAGAGCGUCGCAGGCAAUGAAGGAGUGGGAGUGA